GGUUGCACGUUGUGAUGAGUACGCGCGCGCGCGAUCGCUCGUCCACUCACCCCACGCACACAGAUAACACGUGUCUACAUGUAUUGUCGCGAUUACGGUGGAGUAGUAGUAGUAGUAGUAGUAGCAGUAGCGGUAACCCCUGCUGCUGAUUGUGAGCGAGGGAGAUAGUUUUGCGAGAGUAGGAGAAGGACCGGAGAUUACGUCCACCCCUCCAGAGGCGACGAGGAGAGGGAGCCGGGGCGAGCAGGCGAGAGAUCGCCAUCUGUCGUUGGGCCCGCGCCGAUACAGUGCUUGGACGAUUCUCGUGAGUGCCGUGCUGUGGCGCUAGCGUGCCAGUCAGUGGCGAAUACCCGCGCGUGAAUACAGUGAUUCAAACAAGAGGGAAGUACGACAGUGACGUUCCAUUGAUACUCUUUCCUGAAAGAAAGGAAAGAGGAGUUGGAACGACUCGAAACUCUCUCGGAAAAGACAAAAGAGAGAGGAAAACCCCGAAAGAAAAGGAUUUCCAGUGGCGAAGCGGGACAACCGAGCGUAUUGCAUAUUGUAUCACGUGGUACGCUCUUCUGGAUUCACCCGGUACUUUCACGACGGUGCGGCACAUCCCUCGAGCCGUGGUAAUGAGUACUAGUCCGGCUGCGGUGUGGUGACUUUCGUCGUGGUACCCUCUCGUGCGUGAACUUCUCCGCUUCUCGUUUGCUCCCCUCCCCGCCCCACCCGGCCCUUUCUCACCCCCCUCUGGGUCGAGCGUACGCGAGAAGUGGUGGCCCCUCCGCCGUGGACGACGAGCGCAUUGACUCCCGUUCAUCCUCGACUCCUCACAUGCGAGAGUCGAGCCGGGGUAUCCUUGAUUCCCCCACCGUCACCGCGACCGUCCCACCACCGGACACCGUGCAUCCCCUCCCUAGGUGUCCUUCCCCGCCGCCGCUGCCGAUCGCCGAGGGAGUAUUCCUCGCGGCGUGACGACGGUUGAUCAGUGCGCGGCUCGUCGUUGUUGCGACGAUUGACGAGAACGAGAGCGUCGUUGUUUGCUCGUUACUCAACGUCGGUCAGUGCUGACUCGCUGGCUCUAAGAAAAGUAUGAUCACGACGGAUCCGUCGCGCUCGUGACUCGCGCACGGAAAAGGAAAGGAGAAGAAAACAUCGGAGAUUUACGAGAGUCAUCAGUGGACAGAGAGAGAGAAUCCUUCGCGACUACACUACAUUGUCGGCUACAUGUAUAAUACAUAUACGCGGACGCGAAGGUUGUUCCCUCCCGGCGAGUCUCUCUCUCUCAACGUUUCUCGUCGUCCCACGGAUAUUGGAAUAAAGUGUGUCAACGGCAAGUGUGCAAAAAGUGAGAACCGCGCGUGAGAUCGUAGAAUCACGUUGGUCAAACGGUACGGCGCGACGCGCUCUCGACAGUGUGCCGCGCGUACAUCACCGCCGGCUAAAUUCAUUGUAUACACCGCGUUUGCGAUACAUCGCGCGGCGCUCGCGCGCAGCCGCAGUGCACAGUGGGAAAACGGAGAGUUGGUUCCGCUCGCGAAUCGCGCGUCGCGUCGCGUCGCGGCGUUCCACACGGUCCGUUCGGCCACUCGUUCACUCGUUCGCGCGUUCGUUCGUUUGUUUAUCCGUUGGUCGGUUCGCCGUUCCCGGGCGACGGCUCGCUCUACACCGACGGUACCGGCGGCACGCGGUGCGUGGCUAUGCAGCAGCCCCGUGGCGUCGCGGCGACUAGGUAACGCCGACGGGACGCGACGAGCAGGGCACGGGGUGCCCUCACAUCCGCGUCUCCUCCGCUUUCCGGGGAAGCGCCGGCGGCGUGUAAACACCGUGGGAUACGCGACGCGCCAACAUGUGGACCACGAUGCUCGUGUGGACGGCCGUCAUCGGUCUCCUGCCGACGCCUCGAGCGGUGAACGCCUCUGGGGUGUUCGAGCUGAGGCUAAAGUCCUUCGUAAACGAGUACGGCAAGGACAGCCUGGGCAAGUGCUGUUCCGGCAGCACAUCCAGAACAGGCGAAUGCUCGGGGGUUUGUAAGACGAGGUUCCGGGUCUGCCUGAAACAGUACCAGGUGAAGAUCGACACGACGACGCCAUGCACGUACGGCGACGUCGUGACGCCCGUCCUCGGCGAAAACGUCGUUAACCUCAGCACAAACGUCGCCCUACCGAGCUUCAGCAACCCCAUCAGGUUCCCGUUCGAUUUUACGUGGCCGGGUACAUUCUCGCUGAUAGUCGAAGCUUAUCACGACUCGAACAACAGCACGCACCAGUCAGCCGAGAAAGUCUUGAUCACACGACUGACCACCCAGAAGUGGCUGGAUGUCGGGCCGGAAUGGACCUUGGACGAGCACAAGAGUGCGCACUCCGAGAUGCAGUAUGAGUACAGGGUGACGUGCGUGGCGCACUAUUACGGCAAGGGUUGCGAGAACCUGUGCCGGCCGAGAGAUGACAACUUUGGCCACUACAGCUGCAGCCCGACCGGCGAGCGCGUCUGCCUCUCCGGCUGGAAGGGCGACUACUGCAAUACUCCCCGCUGCCUGCCCGGAUGCGACGAACAGCACGGACACUGCAAUCGACCCAACGAAUGCACAUGCCACAACGGCUGGAAGGGCCCGAUGUGCAAUCAGUGCGUCCGGUACCCGGGCUGCCUCCACGGUAGCUGCCAGAAACCCUGGGAGUGCGAGUGCGACGAAGGUUGGGGCGGACUGUUCUGCAACCAAGAUCUCAACUAUUGCACGAAUCACAAACCAUGCCUGAACGGUGGCACCUGCUUCAACACCGGCCAGGGCUCGUACACCUGCUCAUGCCCGUCAGGUUUCACUGGCACUGACUGCCAGACGCCGCUCUUCGACUGUCAUUCGAAGCCCUGCCUGAACGGUGGUACCUGCUCGAUGGAAGCAUCCGUGAGCGCCUACGCCAACGGCACCGAGCUGUCGUCUUCCACCGGCAAACAGCAUCAUCGUGGUGGCUACCGUUGCACCUGUCCGCCCGGUUGGCGCGGCCGGCACUGUGAGAUCACCUCGAGAUCCUGCCGGGACUUGCCGUGCCAUCACGGCGCCACCUGCGAGGACGAUUCCAUGCGUGGCUACGUGUGUCGAUGCCCGGCUGGCUACACCGGCGUCGACUGCGAGACCCAGCUAGACGAGUGCGCGCCAAAUCCCUGCGCAAAUGGUGGUACCUGCACCGACUACGUCAAUGGUUAUCGAUGUACCUGCCCGGCCGGCUUCACCGGCGAACGCUGUGAGAUCAACGUGGACGACUGCCAGGGUGAUCCGUGCCUGAACAGCGGCACCUGCGUGGACCUGGUGAACGGCUUUCGCUGCCAGUGCGUGCCAGGCUAUGUCGGUCGGCUGUGCCAGGACAAGGUGGACUACUGCCUAGCAAAACCGUGCGCGAACGGCGGCAGGUGCAUCUCCGGGACCAACGAUUACCGUUGCGCGUGCAAGCCCGGCUUCACCGGCAAGGACUGCAGCGUGGAUGUGGAUGAAUGCCGAAGCGCGCCGUGCAAGAACGGCGGCACGUGCCGCAACCGCGUCAACGGCUUCCUGUGCGAGUGUCCGACAGGUUGGCACGGCGACACCUGCGGCGAGGAGGCGGGCGCCGCCAUGGGACCACCGGCCGUUUUACCAUCUACGGUCGCAUCCUCGAAUACCGGAUCGACAAUACCAGCAGCAGUGCCACCCUCGGGCGCCAGCUACUGGUCCGGUAAUCUCUCGAAACACGUCGCUUCGGCAGAAGCUAGGGACACCAAUCUGACGACGGAACACGUGGUGAUGAUCGCGACUCUAUCCACCGCGGUGCCAGCAUUCGUACUGGUCGCCGCAAUCGCGGUCAUGUGCAUGAAGAGACGGCAAAAGCGAGAACAGGCAAAGGCCGAUGAGGAAGCGAGGUUGCAGAAUGAAAGGAACGCAGUGCACAGCAGUAUGAGCAAACGUAGCGCCAGCACCAUCGGCGUCGGCAGUGCCGUCAUCGGUGGCGGCGGCGGUGGCUGUCUGGGCAGUAGCGGCGGUCUUGGCAGCGUCGGCGGUCUCCUCGGUGGCGCCGGUAGCAGCCUAAUCGGUGCCGGUGGUGGCAGCGUGUGUGCCCUAGGUGCCGGCGACGCGCAUAUGAUCAAGAAUACCUGGACGGCAAGCAAAAGCGUGAACAACGUAGCGUCAGUAGCCCGACAGGACGAUCUGGAUUCAUCAUUUCAGACUGACGUGACGUUGGACAGCUCGUGUUCCGGUUACAAGCCGGAACCAGUGCUGCAGGACGGUCGAACAACGAGGACAACGAAACAACUGAACACGGAGGCCGCCGCUCAUCGAGCGUCUACCCAUCUCUACCAGAAAGAGAAGGACUGUCUCGGCCUGGGCCUCGGUAUCGGGGUUCUCGAAAGUGCCAAGAGGUCGUCUGUAUUUGCCGCCGCCGCUAACGCGUCGGACAAUUGCUGCGCCGCGGAGGCGGCUCUGAUGAAGAGGCCGACGACAAUAUCGGAAGCCACCAGCGGUAUUGGUGGUAGUGGUAAUCCACCGGGAAGCGGUGCCACGGACAACGGCAGUUGCGGUGUGUACGUGAUAGACGAUCAUUAUAGGCACGACGCCGCGUUGGCGGCGACGCUCGCGACGGAAGUUUAGUAAGACCUCCCGGACGUAUUGUAGAGUAGACUUCAUUAGUGAUAGAGAGAAAGAGAGAGAGAAAGAGAGUGCGUGUGUGAGAUUAGAAACAGUCGUGUGCGUGUGCAUGCGUCGUGACCGCGUGCAAAUCGUGUUUACCCGGGCGCGUGAAUUAACGGACCCACCUCGUUCGGUCUCCUCCGAUUUCCUCGGGCGGCGUCGCGCGAUAUUCUCAGGAAGGCGGCGUCUCCGUUUCCAGAUGCGCGUUUGUUUCUUUUCCAUUCUUUUUUCUCCUUUUUUUUAUUCUCUUUACAAUCCCUUUGCUAACGCGUGCGGUACUUGUAUAUCCGCGAUCGGCGCCGCUAGUCGCCGCCGGUGGGACUCCGCGAUCGAGACAGAGGAUCGCGAUCGAGGAGAGAGGAGAAACGCGCGUUGGCCAGUUUGCGAGCGGCGGUAAGCGCGUAUCGUCCCGGUCGUACUGGACGAAAACGGCGACGGACUGGUCGAAGACAUUCGAUCGCGGCUGAUCGAGAGGCGGUAGAAGGAAAGAGAAGAAUUAACGCGAUGCUGUGGGGGUCGGCCGGUUACCUCGACGGCUGCCGACCUAUCCUUAGGUAUUAAUAUUAUAUCGUGCUCGAAAGCGAAACUCUGUACAGAACUAAUUUAUUAUUAUUGUUAUUUACUUAUUGUAUUGUAUUACUGAUUGCUAUUAAUUAUUAUUAUUAUUAAUAUUAUUACACCGUAAUAUUGCAUUAUCAUUGUUCCCGGCAUUAGUUCUUUUUCGAAUUUGCGUGACCGAGUUCUCAGCUGCCGAUUGGAGCAAGAGUACGACAGCGAGAGAUCUUAUGUGUACGUUAUGUCCAUGUACGUGUGGAAUGAGCGAGUGUGCAGUGUGCGUGUAUAGUUGCGAGCGAGAAAGUUCAACGACGGAGCAGCAUUUUCGAACGACGUCGCCUCUUCGCACUUGCGUUUAACGUUUCACAUAACAGCUUUCCUCUAUUUUUCGUUUUUUUUGUUUUUUUUUUAUAGAUUUUUUAUAAACAGUGAGAUGCAUUAUUUUUCUUGAAAUACCGUUACACGACGCAGGAGCUGUCGAUUAGAUGGCAACAAUGAUCUUAGUAUCGAUGAGAAGUAUGAAUUUAAUUGAUUGAUUGAUGAUGAGGAAAUGACGUGAAACGAAAAGAUUUGCCCCACUCAUCGGGAUUCUCCAUCUUGGUCACAUUCUUGAUCAGUCGAGCGAUUCGUGGUUCAUCUUCUUUUAACAUCGUUCCUUGCACUUUUUCCCUGGCACUUGGAAGGAUGAAAAAUCAGACGUGUUAUCUGAAAUUUCAUUUUUGUAAUCUGAAGUCGUGCGUCGAUUAACGGUAACUUUCUUAAUUUCGAUAAUGACAAGGAUUUACAUGUGAAACUGAAAUAAGCGAUAAUUAGAAUAGGUUUUCGUAGAAAAAAAAAUUGAAAAAUACCAAAAAA